AUGGAUUUCAGCAGUCUCAAAGAGCAGGUUAGCAACCUGACCUUGUACGAUCUCAAGGCCGGCGUUCGCAAGGUUCAAAAUGCUGUUAUGAAUUAUACGGAAAUGGAGGCUAAGGUCCGAGAAGCCACCAACAAUGAACCGUGGGGCGCAUCGUCGACGUUGAUGCAGGAGAUUGCGAGUGGAACACAUAACUACCAUCUCCUCAACGAAAUUAUGCCUAUGAUUUAUAAGCGAUUCACAGAGAAGACGGCGGAGGAGUGGAGGCAAAUAUACAAGGCACUGCAACUCCUCGAAUUCCUCAUCAAGCACGGCUCCGAACGCGUUGUCGACGAUGCCCGAUCCCACCUGUCCCUGAUACGUAUGCUCCGCCAAUUCCACUACAUCGAUGCCAAUGGCAAGGAUCAGGGUAUCAACGUCCGCAACCGCUCUCAAGAGCUUGUUAAAUUGCUCGGCGAUGUAGACACCAUCCGCGCAGAAAGAAAGAAGGCUCGCGCCAACCGCAACAAGUUCGGCGGCAUGGAAGGAACUGGCGGUUCAUUCUCGAGCGGCGGCGGCGGCGGUGGCGGCAAAUAUGGAGGUUUCGGCAGCGAUUCAUACGGGGGUUACAGCGGGGGUGUGUUUGGUGACGGAGGUGGUUUCGGCGGUGCAAGCGAACCCAGCGAUUUCAGGGAUACCGCCAGACGGUCGAGUCGGUUUGAGGAAUACGAUGAAGAAGAUGAUGAACCUUCUACGGCACCUGCUUCUCGACGACCUGCGGAAUCUAAGGCACAGGCUAAGGCACCGCAGCAACCCCCGAAAGCGCAAGAGGUUGAUUUAUUCGACUUCGGUGAUGAUGACGUUGUCGCUACCCCGGCGGCAGUGCCUUCUUCGACGGCUGCUGGGAAACAACCAGCUACUGGUAUAGAUAUGCUCGGAGGAACGGCCGGUGGAGACGACGAUGAUGAUUUUGAUGAUUUCCAGUCUGCUUCACCACCCGCAGCACCAACAGCAGUCACGACGACCGCAAGCACACAGUUUGUUGCACCGAAACCUAUUUCAGCAGCUCAGGGCGCUGAUCUGACGGGUCUCGUUGGAUUCAAAUCAAACACAACCACUCCUACGGGCUCAACGACAAUGUCUCCACCUCCUCUAUCAUCAGGAGGCUCGGCAUUUGCAGCACCACCACCACUCCAGCAACAGAAACCAUCCGGCUACCAAGCCCCAGCACCAAACUACUACACCUCCAUAAACGCCGGUCUCAACCAGCCCUCAGCACUGUCACCCACAUCGACUGUUUCUGGUGCCAGACCCGGCAUGGGCGCAAGCACAGCCUCCUUCUCCUCACUCAUCUCCCCAACCAGCACCACCACAACACCCCCCUCCUUAUCAACUGCUGCAGGUAAAAAAUCAGCCGCCAAAUCCUCCGGCGACGCAUUCGGAUCCUUGUGGAGUACCGCCAGUGCCGGUGCCGGAAUACAAAAGACCACAGCUACAAAGGGACCUAAUCUGGCGAGCAUGGCCAAGGAGAAGUCUAGUGCCGGUAUUUGGGGUACUACCGGCAACACUUCUUCAAGCAAUAAUAAUGGUGGAUUUUCGUCGAACAGGCCAUCUAAUGGAGGUAAUGAUUUGCUUGGUUGA